UACAUUUUUUAAAUCGCCACAAUAUUAUUAUUAUAACACCCGUAUGCAUUAACUUAAAUUUUUAAAACAGAUUAUAAACGUAGAAACUCUCGAGAAAUACUUUUAACACAAAUUAAUAAAUACAUAACAUUUAAUACUGUAUAAUAUACAAAAACUAUGUUAGUCAGUCCAGUGGACAAUAAUGCAGGUGGUCCAUGUCAGGGUAAACAGAAUUUCAACCAACAGAGCAGUCUGUCGCAUCAGAAGUCCAAAUGUUCGGUGCGUAACGUUCGCGAACCAAUACUUGCGAGCCUGCAGAUCAGUUCCGAUGAGGAACCAGAAGCAAACUUCUAUAAAAACGACACCUCCACGGAGAGUAACGACAGAGAGGCCACUGUUUGUAGCAGGAUCGCCAAGAAUGACAACUGCAGCACGGAGAGUAACGACAGAGAGGCCACUGGUUGUAACAGGAUCGCCAAGAACGGGGCCUGCAUGGCUAGGCCACGUGAGGAAAGCAGGGCCGCUAAAGAGCCAACGAGAGCUGAUGUGAGUAGAGACGAUGUGAAGAACAGCUGUGGCCGUCAGCCGUCAUUUGAUGAUGAGCAGCAGAAGAGUGCUGGGUCGUCACGACAGAUCAACGAACCGUGGACGGGCUGCGAAUCACUGCUACAGGUUUUGACUACUACGGAAGCAAACGUCUGUAAAAACGACAACUGCACGGAGAGUAACGACAGAGAGGCCACCGGUUGUAGCAGGAUCGCCAAAAACGGGGCCUGCGGGGCUAGGCCUCUAGAGGAAAGUAGGCGCGCAAAAGAGCCAACGAGAGCUGAUGUGAGUAGAGACGAUUUGAAGAAGACCAGCUGUUGCUGUCAGCCGACAUUCGAUGACGAGCAGCAGAAGGGUGCAUGGUCGUCGCAACGGAACAACGAACCGUGGGCGGGUCGCGAAUCGCUGCUGCAGGUUUCGAUGCCUGCGGUCCUGCCCACCAAAGACCCGAUCACCGACCAAAAAUCUACACCGCCGCCGACGUCAAACAAUCGGACCCUGACCAACCGGACUGUGACCAACCGAUCGGAUGGUAUACUGCAGGAAUUUCAAAAAGAAUUGUACAAGGUGGAACAGCGUCGGGUGAAAUUGAUGCGGUGCAUCGAGCGCAAACAGCGAGCAUUGAUGCAAGAAAACCGGGAAAUGCGAACAUCACUACAAAACUGUUGUGAACAGCAGAGUUCAGGUGGCGAGAAACAGUCACUACAUGACAUCAGAAACCGUCGACCGCCGCAACAGGAUACCAGGGAACGUCGACCGUCACAGCAUAAUACUAGCGAACGCCGGCCGUCACAGCAUAAUACUAGCGAACGCCGGCCGUCACAGUAUGACACUAGAGUACAUCGACCGUCGCAAAACGACACUAGCGAACGUCGACCGUCGCAGUACGACACUAGAGUACACCGACCGUCGCAAAACGACACUAACGAACGUCGAUCUUCGCAGUACGAAAUCAGAGAGCGUCGAUCGUCCCAUCACGACUCUAGAAAAUGCCGAACGUCACAGGACGACACUAGAAAAUGCCGACCGUUACAGGUCGACACUAGAAAACGCCGACCGUCACAUGACGAUACCAGAAAACGUCGAAAGUCCCAGCACGGCACUAGGAAACGCCGACCGUCACAGGACAAUACCAGAGAACGCCGAUCAUCACAGUACGACCUUAGAGGAUGCCAACCAUCGAUGCUCGACGCCAGAGAACGCCAAAGUUCGAAAGGCGAAAAUCGUAAACAGCCACAGACCAGUUUUGUCUUCGAAUGUUUCUGCAAUAUCAUUGGGAAGGACAACAGUUUUAACAUCGAACCGGCCACAAAACAGGUGUCGUCUCGGCACAACAACAACAAUGCCCCUAACAUGGCCGAAGUGGAAGUUGCGAGAAAAGACGCCGCUUCAACUAGACGUCACGGUGGCUCCGGCCGCCGCAACACGCCACGGAAUGACGCCACUGCGACGUCACCGGACUUGGCUAAGCAGAACCGUGGUCGUCAAGACACUUUCCAGCCACGCGGCUGCCCGCGUCUAAGGGUGGUGGAUUUGUUAAGUUUUACCAAUAACAGUUCUGUCACGACGAUUGGUGGCAAUCAAAAGCACAAUAAUCGAGGGUGGAAUGAAAAAUAAUAAUGCAUAACGCAACCCAUUACCAUUUUAGUAAUUUAAAUAUAAAACAAAAUUCAUAUUAAAAA